AUGCUUUACUUCCACUUAAAGAGAGAGAUACAGCGAGUUUUCAACUUUAUUGUUUUCAAAACGAUCAGAGAUGGGUGGUUGUUUUUCGACGCCCUCAAAGUCUUCAAGACGGCGACGACGUUCCAAACCAAAUACACAGAAAAUAUAGAUGUGCUCCGGCUCGAUACGACUAUUCCUACUCGUCAAGCAGUCAGCGAAAACACAAAAAGAAGAGAAAGAGCGGAUCUAGUGGCCAUCAUCACAAAAGCAGAAGUGGGAGGAGUGGGCGACAUGGCGGCGGGAGUCAUCGAAGCCAUGAAGGACGUGAAGCUAAUAGAUAACAUCAUAAAGGGACUAGAAGUGGGCAUGAAGACGGGGAGUGGAAUGAUGAAGAUCAUCAAAAUCAAGUCGCCUUUUGGGCUAGAGAAUCAACCUGGGCACAUGAUAGGACAAGCUCUCACGGAGGUGGUCGUCAACAGUAUCGUCUAG